AACGUCGCUGAUUGUGUUCUAUAUGAGCAACCAUUGACUCGGUGUGCAACUGGUCAUUAAAGGUCACUGAUGUUGCAUACAUGGCAACUCAGUAUUUACUCACACAUAAACUUUAAUUGUUUGAUAGACAAAUAAAUGUACGUACUACGACGUACUCAUCUUGCUAUCGAAGCCAGAAAGAUGUGCGAUGAACUGGCAGCGACCUGGGUUUACGCUUAUUUUACUGAAUGAGAGAACCCAGUUGUAAUAAUUUUAGCAAAUUCCCAUGAAGAUGGCACAACCGUUUCUUGCUCUUAUGACUCUCCUAAUGAGGCGAUAUCUAUUUGUAAUUUCUUUGGUGUUUUUACUUGUUGUAAUCGUGAUUCUCACUUACUUAAUGCUCUUCAGUGGAAAUGUCAAAUCUGAAAAUGACUGCGAAUGCGCGACGACCCAACAACGAUCCGCGGGUAACCAGCAAACUGCCAAAAGAGCUGCCAAUGUUAGUCAAAACCAACUAUCUGAGACCCUGGCUGUCGGAACGCCACCUGCUUUACCGUGGAGUAAAUAUGAAAUCUCCCGUACAGCAUCCUUCUCGUUUCCUUACAAGGACUUCCGUGUUCUCGUGUACGAACGAGGCCCUGUCGCCGUCGGAACCACCGAACCAUCGGUAUAUUACUUUUCCCCGGCGCUAAUCUUGAACACAUCCAGCGCGAAUACCUCGUUCAAUUGGUUCGAGCAGCGCUUUGUUGUGACCUUUUCGCUGAUCAUGUACAACAAGGAGUACACGGACCACAUCAAAACAAAGAUCUUGCAGAUCAUCAAUGUCCAAGUUAAGGACCAAAACCUGCAUGUGAUGCCCAUCGAGGAAAUGCGCCUGAUCAGUUCAAACCCAGAAUGGGAUUCCGAGAUCGAAGUGGACACGACCUGGCGAUCGUAUAGCAGCCAAUCCGACAGCAGUGAAUUUCGCAUUUUCUGCACUAACGGGUUCAAAUGUCAGCGUUUAAAAGAAGGUAUCGAAAAAAAAGGCAGUGAGUUUAUUGGCGAUAUAGAAGUCCAUUACGCGCUGGAAUCACAGCGGAGUGCGGCGCGCCGCCUAACGCUGACGGCCGAGCACAUCCAAACCGGGAAGAUGUUUACGGAGCUAGAGCAACGUUAUGCCGGGUAUGACGAAGUGUAUUUGAAUGGGGAAGAUUCCAAGCGUAUGCAGCAAGAAAUCGCCAGCAACGUCAUGGCCGCGGAGAUUGCCGAUAGUGAAUACGUGAGCGGUGAGCAGUCACCGACGUUACUCAAGUUUAUCGAACAGGCGCUCAGUCUGCAGGAAGUCAGUUCGGCCAAGUUCACUCCGGAAAUGUGGAAGUCAGUGUACUGGAAAGACGAGAACUCCCGUCCGGAUAAGAUCACCCGGGAAUACCAGAACUCUUUUGACAAGCAGGACCGCGAAACGCAGAGCCGGAUUAUGGAUUACUUUAAGAAAGCGGAGAAGGAGAGCUGGUGCGCGAAGACGGGUGGUGGUGUCAGCGAAGUGGCUUCCGGGAACUUGAAGGUGUGCUCCGACACGAGCAGCUCAUCGGCUCAGCGAAACGAGAUGGAGAAUUAUUUGCGAAAUAUCAAUGAAGGACGGAAAGCAACGGAAAUGCAGGGCGAGAAGUUUGUGCCGAAAGAAAUGUCCUGAAACGGACGAAUAUUGCCAAGCUCAAACAGACCAGCAAUUUUGGGUACA